CAAACAAUACAAACAAACAAUGGCGUUCUUCAAGGACCUGGACUGUCGCCCCUAUCGCCCCUGUCGCCCUCAGUUCCCUCCCUUCCACCUGGUGAGCUUUCACCAGACGUCCGUCAAUCCAUCCAUCCAUACAGCCUACUUCUCACAUAAACAUUCUGAGCGGGAGGUUGGGUUGUGAAGGUUGUGACCUUGUGAACGGGUCAAUCAAGCCAAGACCAACCAGCUCACCAUGACGGCUUCACCUACCCUGAGCUCCACCACCUUGAACGCCUUCUUUAAAGCGCAAGAUUACGGUUCCGUCAUAGAAACGGUCACAAAGUUCUUGGACCAAGUCGAUUCCGCCCCCUUUCCCGCCACUGACUCAGCCGCAUCGGUGGGCAAAUUCUUGAAUGCCGCCGCCUUUCACCUCUACUACCAAGCCGUGGCCCAGACCGCCCAUCAGGCCAGUUUAGCCAAAUGUUUAACGCGAGCCUUUGAGACAUUGAGCCGUGCUCCGACCCGCCCAACGGAGUUGAAUGAGAAAUGUCAGAGUGCGGGCUUGAAUAUCAUCCUGAAACGUUAUUUACUUGAUCUCGAUUGGCCGCAUUUGAAUUUGUUGGGGCAAGCUUUUUUAGGUUUUGUCCAAUCUACCAAUGCGGCUCCCGAUUUGGUCGUCUUUCUGACGCAUUUAUUGGCCCUGAGCCGAUCAUGUCACGAUCUGUUAGCGACCAGCCCCAAUUGGCAGCCGCAUUUGGCCCUGGCUUUAAAAGACCACCGUUUUGGCGCGGGCGAUUACGCUUGGCGAUCGUUUUUUGUGCUCUACACGGAUUUAGACAUCCGUUGCUUAGCCGCCAAAAAGGGCGUGCCGGCCGUGUCCGAUUUCCUGGACCGAUUACAAAUGACCAUUGUGUUCGUUCGUGAGAAAUGGCCCGCCGAUCCCAAUCAAACCAUUCCGUGCUAUGAACGCUUGGUAGCCCAAGGGACGAAAAUGGGCGCUUGUCUCGUCAGUCAAAAGCGCAUCGCAGAGGCGCAAUCGGUUUUCGCCGCAUCUCAACGGCUUUUUGUCGAUCACAUGCAACCCAUUGGCAAAUACGUACCUUCAAUUCGAAUCGUGGCCUUGUUCAAUCAAAUACUCGAGUUAGCCGUCAGUGAGAAGGACACUCGUCAGACUUUGAAGGUAGUUCAAAUUCUACAAGAUAUCUUGGGGCGAAUUCAACGUGGAAAAGCCACAGCCAUAACACCAUUUAGUGCGAGUGUUUGCUUGGCUCUGACGCAUUUUUACACCUUCCGAUGCUCAUAUGAUCAAUUGGUAUCCGUCACGAGCCAAGAGAUUCAAUCCAAUGCGCGAUUAGCCGCCCAAACCAAACCACCCGAAAACGCCCUAUCGAAUGAUGAUCCCAAUGACAACUGCAAAGACAUUGGGGAUAAUAACCCUUAUGUGAUCACUCUGACGGCCGAAAGAGAGAUAGAGCUCUUUAGUGUGUUAAAGAAGGUCUUGGCGUUGUUGCAAGAGGGCUUCGGACUGAAAGAGCGGUCCUUGAGUGGCACGGGUUUGUCUCCAAAUUCCGUAAUCCGGAUGAUCGGCUGCCUUGGCGAGUUCUUGGAUCUUUUGGGAUACAGUCCGGAAAGUGAAACUGCUCGCGGGAUUUUUUGGGAAGCGUGUCAAGUGUUCAACAACAAGGACCAAGAAAUGUGUGCAUUGAAGUCGUUAGCUCAAUCCCAAGGGGAAUUGAACCCCUCCCAACAAGACAGAGUGAAAGCCUUACUUCAAGAACCAAAGACUUCAGCCCAAUUAAACCUGAGCCUCGCCUUGGCCUGGGAUCUGCUCAGCCGAUCUCGAAUCAAGGAAUGCUUUCAAAUAUGCAGCUCGGUCUUAGAUUUGGCUACAUCAGAUUGCAGCGGACGUCUUUUGGUAUCGGAAUCCUAUUGGAUAUUGACCCUUUGUGCCACAAAGAGGAGGAUUCCGAACCCUCCGAAUAGCUUAAUUCACCAUGGGCCCCAUGAGUUGGGCUAUGAGGCCUAUCGGAAUAUCAUGGUCACAUGCGCAUCUCUUGAGAAGCAAUUUGGUAAAUACGACUCACUGCUCUUGGAUCAUAUGCGGAGUAUCCGAUUGAAGAAUGAAAUCAUCGCUUUGAGGUCACAUUUAUUUCUUUGGACGGGAUUGGCCAAGGAGUUGCGCUUGUACGGGAAAAUUCAUCUAGAACUAGUUCAAAGUCUGGCUUUGCCCACCAGAUUCGUCUCAAGCUUGCUGAAUAUGGUGGAGAUUGACUUGCUUUGUGAUGAUGCGGAUCAAGCCGAGUUGAAAUUGCAAGGUGUUGGGAAGAUCGCCCAAGCCACCAUAGCCACGUCCACCCCUGUAGGAGAUGUGUCCCAUGUCAAAAAGAAGGUACCCAAAUCGAAGGCCAAGGACAAACUGGGAGCUUCACCCAAUUUGAAACGAGCCCUCAUGGUCACACCCUCGUGGUUGGACGAUGACCCAUCUUGCACAUGCCUGCAUUGCUCACAACCACUUCUCCUCGUCAUCAUAGUCAAAUAUUUCAACUUUAAGGGUGUCCUCCAUCAUAUGAAGGAGGAUCUAGAAGCGGCGGCCUCCUUUUUUGAAGGCACUGUCAAGCUCUUCGAACUCGUUGAGAAGAAGUUGGACCACAUCCUUAGCCCUUCAGUUCAUUUCCAGGUGAACAUAGCCAUAAUCCAAGCAUUGCAAUGGCAAGUGGAGUGCUAUUGCCGUGAUGAGUAUCUGUCCAAGUGUCACGACCUGUUGAGGAUUCAACGGCAAAAACUCGAGAUCUUACCCUCGGUUCAGCGGAAUCGCCUGGAUUGUUUAUACGAAAAUCGCUUUCUAGAACAAUCGUUGAUGUGUCGUGUGCCCAAGGACGACUUGGAGUUGAGCGGUUUAGCCGAUAAGUUGUCACAUUUGGACGUGAGCUCGGGUUCGAGCCAGCGCGGUGCGGGCGAUUUCACGACCCCGGUUGUGACCAAGGCUUCGACGAAUCGGCGGAAUCCCCCUCGCAAACCAACCAAGCGCCUGCUCAUGGCAUAGAAAAUUGAAGUCUGUUGUUAAUUGGGAUCUAUAUAUCGGGGAUUUUGCCACACCAAAAAUAUAUCCGUGUCGGAAAGGUU